UUUUUUUAGAUAAAGCAAAACGUUUUUUGUCUAUUGACUUUUUGCUUACCCCGUUUGCUCAAUUUCAAGUAGCUAACUUUAGGAACAAUGCCGAAAGUCGUCUCACGAAGUGUUGUUUGUUCAGACACCCGAGAUCGAGAAGAAUACGAUGACGGAGAAAAGCCUCUUCAUGUUUAUUAUUGUCUGUGCGGGCAAAUGGUGUUGGUUCUCGACUGUCAACUGGAGAAACUACCGAUGCGGCCACGAGACAAAGCAAGAGUAAUAGAUGCUGCCAAACAUGCACAUAAGUUCUGUAAUGUAGAAGACGAUGAGAAUGUUUACAUAAAAAGGGCAGAGGGGAUUGAAAGGCAGUAUCGCAAGAAAUGUGGAAAGUGUGGCCUACUUCUUUUCUAUCAACACCAAAUGAAGAAUACUCCAGUUACAUUCAUCGUUGAUGGAGCUGUUGUCAAGUUUGGCCUUGGGAUUGGGAAUACCAGUGUCUACAGUCAAAAGCCAGAGGCUCCUAAAAAAGUCAGGGUAAUGAUGACAAAAAGGACCAAAGACAUGGGGAAAUUCAGCUCUGUCACCGUGUCUACCGUUGAUGAGGAGGAAGAGGAAAUUGAGGCGAGAGAAAUUGCUGACUCGUAUGCCCAGAAUGCUAAAGUGAUUGAGAAGCAGUUGGAAAGGAAGGGGAUGAGCAAGAAGAGACUACAAGAGCUGGCUGAACUGGAGGCAAAGACAACCAAGAUGAAAGGCACCCUCAUCGAUAACCAGUUCAAAUAGUGGGAUGUGAGAGAAGCAGGACAGUUGUACAUACAUACAAAUGUACAUAGAGAUUUGCACUCUAUGGCCCCUUUGAAAUGUAUUAUGAAGCAUUUUUGCUGUUUUAUAUACUGUAAGAAAAUGUAUGUUGAUUUAGAAUUAAAUGUGGAGCAGUGACAUACAGUAAUGUUAUUUUGAAUUUGAUUUGUCUAUUCAGCUGAGAAAUAAAAUGUGCUUGAAUUAAG